UUAACACCCAACAGGUUCUUUGUUUCCUUUUGCAAACCUUUAGCUGCGCCGGAUCCACCGGCGGCCGGAGACAAUGCCGGUGAAGGUGUUCGGGUCGCCGACGUCGGCCGGGGUCGCCCGCGUCCUGGCCUGCCUGUUCGAGAAGGACGUCGAGUUCCAGCUCAUCCGCGUCGACUCCUUCCGCGGGCCCAAGCGCCAGCCUAAUGUCCUCAAGCUCCCGUGGCACGUCGAGGACGGCGACGACACCUUCUUCGAGUCGAGAAAAAUCGUGCGGCGCAUCGCGGAAAAGUACAAGAACCAGGGGUACAAGGACCUGCUCGAGUCGGACCAGCUGGACCGUUGGAGCAUCGCGCUCCAGAUGGGGUCUGAGGAGCAUCUAUUCGACGUCCACAGCUCCAACAUGGUCUGCAGCCUCGCGUACCUGCCACCCGACAUGCCGCUCGACGGGAGCGGCAGGAACGCCGGUGAGCCGCCGGCGGCCGGGAAGAUGGAGGAGAUGCUGCAGCUGUUCGAGAAGAGCAGGAAGGAGCUGGACAUGCUGCUGGACUGGUACGAGAUGCAGCUGGGAAAGAAGGACUACCUGGCGGCCAACAAGUUCACGCUCGCCGACCUGUCACACCUGCCCAACGCCGACCGCCUCGUCUCAGACCCGCGCUCGGCGCGCCUCAUCGAGUCGCGCAAGAACGUUAGCAGGUGGUGGCACACCAUCUCCGGCCGCGAUUCGUGGAAGAGGGUCAAAGAGCUGCAGCGCCCGCCGUCCGCGGAGGCACCGUUCUGACAAUCUGAUCUCGACCGCGCGAGAAUCACAGCGCCGUCGCGGUUUCUGCUGCUGCCGGUCUGCGUAGUUCCAGUUUUCUGAAUAAACAACGCCUGGGCCUGCGCCUAUGGCCACUGUUAAUCGUGUAGUGCAUCGUGCAAGAGAAUGCUGCCCCUUUUCGUGA